GUUAAUACAAGUCCAACGCAUAUAAAGAAAUGAGAAAAUCUUCCUUCCCUGCACUUGGCAAACAAAUUCACAAUCUUUCUUAAGCCUCUGCCCAGACAUCCUCGGUGUCUUUUGUCUCUUUUGUGCUUUCUGGGUUCUCAUUCUCCUUGUGCUUUCUGGGUUCUGUCUGUUUCUUUCCACAUUUGAAGCUCAGCAUCACAAUUUGGUGGAAUUUGAAGCUCGAGCCGAUAGAAAUGGUUCUGAUGAAGGAAUUUCGGAUUGUGAUGCCCAUGUCGUUGGAAGAGUAUCAAGUAGCGCAGAUGUACAUGGUUAGGAAGAUGCAGCAACAGAACACGACCAGUACUGAAGGGGUUGAAAUAUUGGAGAACAAAUCCUUUGAAGAUGAUGUACUUGGAAAGGGUCACUACUCUUCCAAAAUUUACCGUCUACAAAGCAAAGCUCCUACUUGGCUCACCACUUUUGCACCGGCAGAUGCUCUCAUCAUGCAAGAGGAAGCCUGGAACGCAUACCCAAGAUGCAAAACAGUAAUCAAGUGCCCAUACUUUACCAAGUUUCAGCUGACCAUUGAAACAGUUCACAGGGCUGACAAUGGGCAGUCAGAUAAUGUGCAUGGUCUAAGUAAAGGACAACUAGCAACCAGGGAUGUGGAAAUUGUUGAUAUUGCUUCAUCUGCAAGGGAUUACUGGAGUUACGUCGUUAGCAGUAGCAACACAGACUUAUCCAAAUUUACGUCAGCGAAAACUGGCCGUGGUCCACUUUUAGAAGGAUGGCAGGAUAAGUCGAAGCCAGUUAUGACAGCCUACAAACUCGUCACUAUUGAUGCACCAUAUUGGGGUUUUGGCUAUAGAAUUGAAAACGCUUUGCUACUGGGUGAACGGGCUCUUUUCCUAGAAAGUCACCGGAAUUGUUUUGCUUGGAUCGAUGAAUGGUUUGGGUUGACAGUGGAACAGAUACGUGAACUUGAACAACAAAGUGACUCAUUGAAGGAGGAACUUGGGAGGCCGACUUUGGUAAAAAGUGUGGAAGAUUUCGACCAGAGAUUAUUACCAGAAAGUGAAGAUAUUUAUAGUGGGCAGAGAGCUCAACUCUCAACUUAAAUACACACAGCAAGGGCUUUCAUUGACAUGGAGCAAAUUGUUUAUUCUUGCGUUGGGUUCUAAUGACAAUCACAUCCGCCCAUCGCAUAACAGCAGGCCCUCGCCUAUUUUCCUAUUCGACUGCGCCAGAGGUACUGAAGGAAUGUCAGUUGACAUGCAAGAGUUGAAAUUGUUUUCCGGCUGAUACAUUUGGCAGCAUAAAUUUGACAGAAGAGUGUAUAGCACGCUAACAUGUAUCGUAGCCAGAUAAAUUAUCAGAGAAGGAAAUACCCAGAUAGGAGAUUUUCUGUUUGUGUUGUUGUACCACAGUUACAUAAUGCAUUGUUCUGUUACAUUUACAAAGAAUUGUAGAUCAGCUUGGUGGAAAGCACCACAUUCAUAAUUU